CCCCCGGUCCCGGUUGGCUGCAGCGCAGUGCAUCCACCUCUACUACCAAGAGUGCAUCAAUACUCGCAUCGUACAGAUUACACCCACCUACCUUGUCCGGGUGCAGGACGCUGUGCUCUUGUCUUUCUGCCUUUCUUCGCCACACUCCCAAUUUUCGACAAUCUCUCUUCCGCCUUCACCGUUCGCGCUCCGACGUUUCCUCCGACCGACUCCUCUGCAUCAUCUCCAACAUGUCGGCUGUGAAGAGAUUAUCGCGUGCCGCGGCAACUCUUUCCAAGGCUCACAGCAUGGUUCUGACGCCCUCCAUGCGUCAGUCAUUCUCGAUCCAAUCACAAGCGCGGAGCCUGGUCCCAACAACAAUCUCCCCGUCACCAGUGUCUAUAAUGCAGAGCCGGAGGUCCUUUUCUACAACACCAAUUGCUCGACAUGGUCACCUUGACCCCCCAAAGCCGGGAGAGGAACUUAAAAUCACAUUUGUUACCAAGGAUGGCGAAAGCUCCACAUUCGAAGUAGCAGAGGGCGACAACUUGCUCGAUAUCGCCCAAGCCAACGAGAUCGAAAUGGAGGGUGCGUGCGGCGGUUCGUGCGCUUGUUCAACAUGCCAUGUCAUUGUGAAAGAUGACAACAUGUUCGAUAAGAUGGAAGAGCCCACCGACGACGAAAACGAUAUGUUGGAUUUGGCAUUCGGUUUAACCGAAACGAGCAGACUAGGAUGUCAGGUCAAGAUGAGCAAGGAAUUGGACGGCCUGGUUGUGGAAUUGCCCGCGAUGACGAGGAAUCUGCAGGCUAGCGAUUUCAAAUAA